AUGUCAUCACAAACAUUCACACAGGCUAGAUCACAAGCAUUAUCAUUAGAAAAACAAACUGAACAAUUAUUAUCGAAAUAUUCCCAAUUUCAAACUCAACAUAAUUUAGAUUCAACACCUGAUGAAGAAUUAAUAAUUCAACAGAUUAAAGAUUUAUUAAAUCGUAGAGAUGAAGUUAUUUCUAAAAUGAAUAGAAUAUCAACUAUGCAAACUAGUAAUUUAAGUACUAGUAAAUUACAACAAUUUACUCGACAUCAAGAAAAAUUAAAUGAUGAUAAAAUUUCAUUUAAUAAUAUAACUAAUAGAAUAAUUGAAGAACGAAAUAAGAAUAAUUUAUUAUUUAAUGUUCAAAAUGAUAUUAAUGUUCAUAAACAAAGAGAAAAUACAAAUAUUAAUGGAAAUGAUUAUAUUUUAGAAGAACUGGAAAGAAUUAAUAAUGUUGGUAAUAUUGCUGAUAGAUUAUUACAAGGUGCUUUUAAUACAAGAGAUGAAUUAUUAAAUCAACGUCAAUAUUUAAAUAAUGCUCAAUCUCAAAUAUUGAGUAGUUUACAAAAUAUACCUGGUUUAAAUGUUUUAAUUAGUAAAAUUAAUUCAAGAAGAAAAAGAGAUACUUUAAUUUUAGCAUUUGUUAUUGCUAUUUGUAUAUUGAUAUUAUUCUUUGUUUAA